CAAAUUCACAAACCGGCACCAGCAUAACCGGCCACUAUCGCAAUGGUGUACACCAUCGUCGUUCAUCUUUACGCCAAGGAGGGCAAGGAGGUCGAGGAGAAGCUGCGCAACAAGUUGAUUGAAGCCUCGCAGGUGUAUUCCAAGGACAUCGAGACCAUUUGCUGGCACGUGAUGCAAGACCACCAGGAUCCACGCAAGUGGUGCAUCGUCGAGCGUUACGAGCAUGAGAGCAGUCAGAAGUACCACCUGGAAAACCCGUACUGGAAGACAUUUGACCCGUACGUCAUCCCGCUGCUGGACAAGCCGAUGGACCUGCGCCGUUUCAACGAGCUGGACACGAGCAAGCCCGUGCACGUCGAGUAAGCGCUUGAAUGAUCUAAUGCCAGUGACUAGUCGAUCGUCAUUUGAUGAGUGCAAGUUGACGACUCGUUUCAAGACGCUCUGGGAAUCUUUUGAGGCGAUGUUCGGGCUGCAGCGUCUUCACCGCCAAGUAUUGAAGCACGAGGCGUGUUUGUGGUUCAUCGAUGUAGUACCGUACCCACACUACAGUAGUAGAAAUGUGAAAAAUAAAGACUGUUGUGACACACCGGUGCAGAAGUUU